CCCCAGUGCAAUUAGGUGCCAGUGCUAUUCUGACAUCUGAGACUGCAGCUCUGCUCCUCCUCCAUAAAUCUGAGCAUCAGAGAGUGCCAGGACUGGAAACAGGCUCACAGCCACUCCUGGGACAAAGAAAAGCUCUUGGUGUGUUGGUGCUGCAAGUGCCUGUUGCUUUCAAAGAAGGAAGAGCAGUGAAAGAAAGAGCUCUCCAUGGGGGAAAGAAAUCUUUGAAGCUUCUCAUUCAGAUCUUCAAAGAAGGACCUUGAGGAUCACUCAGAGAGAGUGUGGGAAAGUCUGGAACAGGCAUAAUGCUAUAAAGCUGACUUUCCCCUUUGUCCAUCCAUCAUUGUACCACUGUUGUGCUCCCACUUUUUGCACUUCUGUAAAACUCCCUGAGUGGUGAAGAAAAUUUAUCGAUUUUUCCAUCCUAUUGGGAAUGUCUACCAGUUUCUUCACAAACUUGUGACCAGAAGUAACCAAUAAACCUGUAAUACAGAUUGCAGCCUUAACGCUGGCAGCGAGGAGAUUGGACUGGGGGUGCUGGGCAUCUGCAUCUCCAGCAGCAUGCACUUCUUGUUUUUCAAGCCAAAUGCCUAACCUUUGCUAUGAUACACCAUUCUUGGAAUUUUGCAAGCCAAAUGCCAAACCUUUGCUAGUGGUAUGUAGCAAAAGUCCCUAGAAAAUGCCAAGUUACGCUGCUAAAGAAUGUGGUAAAAUCUGGUCGAUUUCAGUAGUGGAAUCACACCAUUUGGAGAAAUAAGUCACUCAAGACAUAAAAGGAGACAAUCUUUCUUUCAUUUCCUCUGUGACAUAUUCCCCAAUGCAUACCAUUAAGUCACUACCUUUUACAGGAAAUUCUGUGGUAAAACCAGAAAGAUUCCAUCAAAACCGACGAAACAAAACCGCAUGCGUGCCCUGUGGCUGCUCACUGCCGACCCUGACUGCGAGCAGUGAACUGCUCUCUGCAUUCUGUAUUGAAUGGAAACUGCUGAGUUCUAUUACGUUUAUUACUUAGCCCAGGAUUAUCUGCAGUAUGUGCUCCAGGAAUCACACCUCGGACCAGCCCAGACCCGGGUUGCUCAUGUCCUGAGAACCAUGGCAUCCUCUCUGCAAGACCAAACGGAGGAGGCUGUCAGGCCGCUCCUGGACAGGAUUGACAUCACCUCUGUAGCGGCUGCCAAGAGAAUUUUCAAUGGAGUCAUGGAUGAAAAGUUUGCUGAUGGAAAUACUAACUGGGGACGAAUCAUGACCAUCUUUACAUUUGGAGGUCUUCUCACCAAGAAGCUUCAAGAGCAUGGGGUUCAGCUGACUGCAGAGGAGAAGGAGCAGAUUUCUUAUUUCAUCACGGAGUACAUCAUAAACAACAAAGCUGAAUGGAUUGAUGCGAAUGGUGGCUGGGAAAAUGGCUUCCUAACUAAGUUUGAAAGAAGAUCACUACUGUCCUUCUCCAAAAUUACAGCCCUGUUCAUAGCUCUUGUGUCCUUGUUCAGAGAGUACUACUGAAGUAAAAGGAUUCAUGUGAAAUCUAGAUAUUGCCACAAACCUCACUUCUCAGCCUUCCUCCAAGCAAUAUCACCAAAGUAUAAUUUCCUUCCAUAAUUUGUUUUUAAUUUAUUUGUAUUUAUUUUGGCUAAAUACAAUAUUUAACACGCUAUCCUAAUUACCAAAUCUGAAGAUGAGAUCCUUCCAAAGGGGAAUCUGCACAACAUCAUGCAGCAACUCAAGUCUAUCUUUGCAGUCAGGAUUGCUUUGAGGUAAUUUUCCACACCCAGACAGCUCUUGGAAUCUCUCUUGCACCUCCAUGAAAGGACAUUGUUUUAGUGAAAUACAAUCCAAUGGGUUAAGAAACAAGUUUUUAUGUCAUUUGUUUUGUAAAUGAAAUACUACUGUAAUGCAUUUUAUUGCAACCUCUGUAUGAGAAAAAGGGGGGGAUUUUUGUGAAGAAAAAAGAAAUGGGAACUCCAAUAUAGAAGUGGGUUGAAGUUACUGACACAGACUAAGCAAUUUCUAUGAGAAGAACUGUUUGUGGAAGCUAGCAACUUAAAAAUGUGCACUCACUUACUGUUAUAGCAAUGGUAUGUGUUUUUGUGCUGUAAUUUUUAAUAGCUCUCAUCUACAAUGAAUGUUCUUUCAUAUUUGUAUGGAUGUAGUCAUCUGGCUGAAUGUUUUUAAAACUAAAUGUUUUAAAAUAGGCAAGUAAAAAUAUUUGUAAAUGAGAAAUUUGUGUAAAUACACUAAUAUUUUGAGAAAAUACAUUAAAAUAUGUAUUUUAAAGCCUUAA